AUGCCAUACUUGCAAGCCGUCGUAAAGGAGACCCUACGCCUGCACCCACCGGUUCCACUCAUCCCACGCAGAGCUGAAUCCAACGCGGAAAUCCGUGGAUUCACCAUACCGAAGCACGCCCAAGUGCUCGUCAAUGCAUGGGCCAUCGGCAGGGAUGGGAAUACUUGGGUGGACCCCACUUCCUUCACCCAUGGUAGGUUCUUAGGUUCUGAGGUUGACUUCAAAGGCCGAGAUUUCGAGCUCAUACCGUUCGGUGCUGGCCGUCGGAUCUGUCCCGGAAUGCCGCUUGCCAAACGGAUGUUGCACUUGAUGCUGGCUUCACUUCUACAUUCGUUUGCAUGGAAGUUUCGUGAUGGGAUGACCCCACAGGAGAUGGACAUGAGUAAUAAGGUCGGCUUCACCUUACUGAAGACGGUUCCACUUUGUGCUGUCCCCGUGCAGGGUUGA